AUUAUACGAUAGAGAUUUGAAUAUUGCCGAAGGAUCUUAUGCUGAUCAUAAGAGUAAUAUUUGAUAUAGAAGAUAAUUUGUUAUUACAGAACCAAAAUCUAAAGACAAGAAUCCGUGCUCUUCUUUUACAUUCCCUUUUUGGACCACACAAAAAUACGUUCCAAAAGGAUGUAAAUGCUAUUGUUACAUUCUAAAUAGAUUGGGAAAUUAAGAGUAACGGAAUAUACUUGAGAGACCUCUCAGUGGGAAGGGAAGGCACUGAAACUUUCAGUUCUUCUUCUUCUUCUCUCUCCCUUCCAUAGUUUUCAGUUUCGAUCUAUAAAGUUUCCAACUUCGGAUGGGUCGUAGUUUUUCAAAUGGGAAGUGGAAGAGAUAGAGACGACCCUUUAUCAUUUACCAGCAAUCCAUCAACGGCAUCGUCUCCGGUCACUGUAUCUGACUAUCUCGACACCUUUCUCGGCGAACCCACUUCUCGCUCCGGUAGUUUUCAGAGCGAAAGCUUACUCGGUGUAGGCGGUGGAGAGAGAGCAUCAACGACGCUGAUUUCGGAUUCGCUCGUCCUGAUUUCCGAUCGGAGCAACUCGCUGGAACUGUACAGUUUUACGAGAGGCAUGUUUUCUUUUGCUACAAAAAUCCCUCUGUUUGGCCUGCUAGGAUCGAGGCUGCUGAGUUCGAUCGAUUGCCUAGGUUACUCUCUGCCUGCUAGAAAGGGUAAGAAGGAGACUCGACUCACAAUAUGUGAGGGACAUGAUGGAACAGAGACAUCCAGCGGUGAUGUAUAGAGCUGUCAAAUGGUCCGUCCAUGGACCAUUUGGGCGAGUCCAUCUGGAAUUCCAGAGGCUUACCCGUAUCAAGAUCCAGAGGCUUACCAGAUGUACAUGUACCCAUAUCAACAUCUAGUGCCUAACCAGCAUAACUUCUAUCAACAUCCAGUGGCUAGCCAGCAGAACGUGUAUCACUAUCCAAUGGUUGACUCGAGAAUGCCGCAGUUCAGGAAUGUAGCUAGAGGACAGCCAAGAUCAUUUGGUAGAGAUCAGAACUAUUUCAACCCACGACAAGCACGGCCUCAUCUGAAUCAACAAAUACUGCAACGUGUGCCUCAAACGCAACAGCCAAGGCAGUCUCAAGGAUUUAACGCUAGACCACCUUCUGAAGAAGGUCAAGAUCAGUAGCUGCAGCCUAUGUGAAACGAUAUUAUCUAUGGUUUUCAAGUUUUUCUUUUUCACUAAAACACUCUCGGAAUGAUUUUUGGUAACUGUAAUUGAAUUGGUGGUGAUGACUGUUUAGUCAAAAGAUCUAUUCUCAA